UGACGCAUUUCUAUUUGGUACAUUGGUACGAGUAGACAAACAAUAGUUAAUAGGUUUAGGUGGAGUGACUUUCUAAUAUUAUUAUUUUUUUUGUAUCUGUUGCGACUUAGAGAAAAAAAGAGAGAGAUAGAGUUUCAUGUUAAGAAUUAUGCAAAUUACCAUAAUGAGUAUUAAUAACUUUGUUGUUCGUAAAAGUAUAACAUUUUCAUAAGGUGUAAUGUCAUAGCAAAAUGAGACGUCAUUACUGUCUUGUACAUCAUAAUUAAUGAUUUUCGUGUAAAACAAAUUUAACCUGUUAUCUAUUGCGGCCUUAGAAUUUUGAUCUAAGUGUGUAUGUACAUAUUUAUACAUAUAUCGCUAUGAAUAAUAAAGACAACUGGAUGAAUAAAAUUACUUGCUGUUAAAGUAAUCAUCAUUAUCGUGUAUCGCUGAGAACACGAGAUGAUUCAAAUAAUCGAUUUGGGUGAAGGAUUCUUAAGAAGAUACUGGCAAUAAAGUAUUGAGUUGUUCAUCAAUAUGGCGGCGAAUCUCGAGGAAGAACAAAGUUUACGGGAGUGCGAGGAAUACGUUCAAAGACAUAACAUUAAACAAGUUUUAAAAGAUUGUAUAGUGCAACUCUGUGUGGGCAGACCUCAAAAUCCAAUAUCCUUCCUGAGAGAAUAUUUUCAGAAAUUGGAAAGGGAACAAGCUCACGAUGCAAAACAACAAAUCGCUACGAGUCCUGAGGACACCGAGGAUAUGCCUGCUGGUCAACAAGGACCACAAGUUCCAAGACGUCGUGGUGGUAUCUCGGCAGAGCCAGUAUCAGAAGAAGAUGCAACUAGCUAUGUUAAAAAAGUUGUACCGAAGGAUUACAAAACAAUGGCUGCUUUGAGCAAAGCUAUCGCUAAAAAUGUUCUAUUUGCACAUCUCGAUGAAAAUGAGCGAUCUGAUAUAUUCGAUGCUAUGUUUCCUGUUACCUUUUUACCUGGAGAAGCGAUCAUACGUCAAGGUGACGAAGGUGACAACUUUUACGUAAUCGACCAAGGCGAGGUUGAAAUAUUCGUUAAUGGUGAAUUAGUAACGACUAUUGGAGAAGGUGGAAGUUUCGGUGAACUUGCAUUAAUUUAUGGGACUCCACGUGCUGCUACAGUUAGGGCCAAAACUGAUGUUAAAUUAUGGGGCAUAGAUAGGGAUUCCUAUCGUCGAAUAUUAAUGGGUUCGACAAUCAGGAAACGAAAAAUGUAUGAAGAAUUUCUUUCCAGAGUCUCGAUUUUAGAAUCUUUAGACAAAUGGGAAAGACUUACAGUGGCUGAUGCCUUAGAACCAGUUGCAUUUGAUGAUGGAGAAAUGAUAGUAAGACAAGGUGAACCUGGUGAAGAUUUUUACAUUAUUGUUGAAGGAACUGCUGUAGUAUUACAACAACGUUCGGAAGGAGCGGAACCUCCUGAACCAGCGGAAGUGGGUCGUUUAGGUCCAUCUGAUUAUUUUGGAGAAAUAGCAUUACUACUGGAUCGACCAAGAGCAGCAACAGUUGUAGCAAGGGGUCCUUUAAAAUGCGUCAAAUUAGACAGAGCCAGAUUUGAACGUGUCUUAGGACCUUGUGCUGACAUUUUGAAACGCAACAUUACUCAGUAUAACAGUUUCGUAUCCCUAUCGGUAUAAAUUCAAUCAGCACGAAAAAACCGUACCGAUCAUACUGAUUCCAAUUUUUCAGACACUAUGCUUCAACAACAACAAUAAUAAGAAAUCUAAUGUUAAACAUUUUUCUAUUUCGUUAGUGCUUCAUUUGUUAAAAUGCAUAUUAUAUGUCGAGUAUUAUUAAUAUACAUACAUAUUGUAUAUCAUUAGAAAAGAGAAAAAAGAUAGUAAAAAUAAGAAAAAAAAAACAAAACAAAACGAAAACACGUAGUAUAUAAGAUUAUUAUUAUAACGCACUCUAUAAUAGCUAACGACUCAUAUAACAAAAAUUCUUUUGGUUAUAUUGUGUAAAUUGUGUUUUUAAAAAAAA